AUGUAUCCGGGCGGGGCGGGGUGCGUGGAUCGCGCGUUUCUCUGCGACGGAAUCGCCGACUGCGGCGACCAGAGCGACGAGGAUGCGACGUUCUGCGACGCGUUCGACUGCAGCAGCGUGGGGAAGGACAGGUGUCCGGGAGGCGGGCAGUGCAUGAGGCGGGGAGGUUACUGUGACUUCAAUCAGGAUUGCAGCGAUGGGAGCGACGAGGGCGAGGAGGAUUGCAGCGAGCUGUACAAGCAAGGCGAGGUGCAGUGUGGUGUGGUGGGGGAUGGGGAGGGCGAGGAGGAGUGCAGCGAGCUGUACAAGGAGGGGUACUGCCAGCGACAAGGCAUGAAGAGUGGUAUGGUGCAGAAUGGGGAGGGCGAGGAGGAGUGCAGCGAGCUGUACAAGGAGGGGUACUGCCAGCGGCAAGGGAUGAUAGAGUGCCCCCUCGACCCCACCUACUGCAUAUCUGAAACCGACCUCUGUGACGGGGAGGAGCAUUGCCUGGGAGGCCCUGCACCUUACUCACUCCUCUUUUUCCCCCUCGCCUGUUGCCUGUCUCCACAUGCCAUUCCCUUUUCUUCCCAGAUGGAGUGUCCUCUCGACCCCACCUACUGCAUCGUUGAAACCGACCUCUGUGACGGGGAGGAGCAUUGCCUGGGAGGCUGGGACGAGGCCAACUGCCUUCCCCACCCACCAUGGAGUGUCCUCUCGACCCCACCUACUGCAUAUCGGAAACUGACUUAUCGAGUGCCCCCUCGACCCACCUACUGCAUCUCUGAAACCGAUCUGUGUGACGGGGAGGAGCAUUGCAUGGGAGGCUGGGACGAGGCCAACUGCAUGCCCCACCCGUGCCCCCCGGGCUGGCUCAAAUGCCCCAAGACUGGUUACUGCACGCCUGCUGGUAACCUGUGUGACGGUGUUACAGACUGCUUCGCCACCCCCGAGCCUGAGGACGAGGACCCGGACCUGUGCCGAGCCUAUGCGUGCCCGAAGGGUUGGAGGAAGUGUGCGGAUGGGGAGCAGUGUGUGCAGCAGGGGCGGUGGUGCGAUGGAGUGGUGGAUUGUGCUGAUGGGAGUGACGAAGGAGCUGUGUGUUCGGUGCCAGAUCCCAAGAAUGCCACCAAAGCUAGGCCUAUUGUGGAGGCGAAAGCAGAGCGGGCUUUGAAGAAAGCUGCCAAGGAAGCAAGGAGGAGGAAGAAGGCAGAGGUGACAGCGGCUAAGGCAGCCAAGAAGUUUCGGAAAGCCAAAAAAGAAGCUGCUAUUAAAGCGAAGGAGGAGAGACUGGCAGUUAAGAAGGCUAAAUUGGAGGCCAAGGCCAAGAGAAGAGCUGCCAAAGAUGCAAGAAGAAGAAAGAAAGCUGCUAGGAAAGCAGCGAUUGAGAGGAGGAAAGCAAAGAAACAAGCUGUGGAAGUUGGACUGAAAAAAGGAGAAAUGUUGACAAGGAGAGGGUUGAGAUAA